AUGGAGGUGAAAGUGGUGGUGAAAGAGGUGGUGGUUGUGGAAGUGGAGGUGGAGGUGGUUGUGAUAGAGGUGGUGGAGGUUGACGAGAAGGUGGUGGUGGUGGUGGUGGAGGAGGAGGAGGAUGUGGUGGUGGUGGCGGUGGCGGUGGCAGUGUUGGUGGUGGAGUUGGAUGUAGAGGUGGAGGCGGCCUGA